AUGGAUUCCCGGAUACGAACUUCCUUCAAGGAAGACAAUUUCAACAACAAUGAUACCCUGUAUCAAAGUUGUGUUGAAAAUGUUCGAGAUUUGGUGUCACGCGAGGCAAUAUCUAUUUGCUUGGCGACAGACUGCUGGACAUCUGCCAACAAUGAGAAUUAUAUGGCAACAACCGCUCAUUUCAUAACUGAAGGGUUUACUUUUAAGACUGUAUUAUUGAAAUGCUCUUAUUUAAGUGGGAGUCAUACGGCCGUUCAUCUCGCGGAGGAGAUAAAAAAUAUAAUAUUGGAAUGGAAUUUAGAGGGAAAGGUAAAUUAUGCUAUUUCGGAUAAUGCAACAAAUAUUACAAAAGCGUUAGCUGAUAUAUUGAGUUUGAAGCAUUAUGGCUGCUAUGCCCAUAACCUUAAUUUAAUUGUUCAACGAGCUCUUAAGGAACUGGAGCCAACACUAGAAAAAAUUAAAAAAAUCGUAACGUUUUUUAAAAGAAGUUCGUUGAACAAUGAGAAACUCUUGAAGUUUCAAAUAAAUUCAGGUGUUUCUCAAGCAAAACGUUUGAUUCAGAAUGUGAGUACGAGGUGGAAUUCUACCUUUUAUAUGCUACGUCGGUUCAUAGAGCUAGAGGAGGCAAUACGAGCGACUAUAGCUUUAGUUGACAGGAAUUUGCCCGUUCUCACAGGAGAGGAAUGGAAGACCUGCAAGGAAGUGUGCAACAUAUUGAGCCCAUUCGAAGAAAUGACCAAUUCGAUGAGUGGCGAAAAAUACAUGACAGGAAGCGCCGCGAUUGUGGUCACCCGGUGUCUUAAAGGUAUUUGCGAACUAUUUGCCCGAAAUUCUACCUUCUCUGCAGCGACAGAAAAAGUUGUCAGCUCAUUACGUCGGGGAUUGACUGAUAGAUUUGGAAAUAUAGAAAAAAUUAUCCCGCUGGCGAUUUGCACCCUUCUAGAUCCCAGAUAUAAGCAUCAUGUUUUUCAAGAUGAUUCUGCACUUUCCGCGGCUAAAACUUUUUUGGAGAACUUAACAAUAGAAAUGAUCGAAAAAAACACAAGUGAGCAACAUAGUGGCGGAUCGUGCACUUCUAGAUCCUCUGUUACCAUUCCUUUCCGAAAUGAACCAAGUGCUUGGGGCAUUUUAGAUGAAAUUAUGGGCGAUAAGCAACCACAAGCAUCUCCAAUAUCACGAGCGAAAAAAGAGAUCGAGAGUUAUUUUCAAGAUGACGUUCUCCCACGUCGGGAUGACGAUGGAAAUAGCAGUAAUGUUUUAAAUUGGUGGAAAACAUUCCGGCAUAUUUACCCCAAUUUAGUCAAAAUAUUUCGUAUUAACUGCAAUAUCGUCGCAACCUCCGUUCCUUGUGAACGUAUAUUUUCAAAAGCUGGUAACCUUAUUAGUGAAAAACGUACCAGGCUAUCAUCUGAGAAAGUUGAGUUAAUUUUGUUUUUGAAUGCAAAUUUGGAGUCCUCAGAUCAAUGA